UCUGUCUCUGUCUCUCUCUUCUCCUGCACACCAACGUGGAGGUGCAAGUCCUUUCCUUACCGGCACCCAUAUUAUCUUCGUAUAGGUCUGGGCGGUGACCAGCUGCAACAGUCAUGGCACCCAAAAAGAACAAGGCCGCAAAGAAGAAUAAAGCAGACAUCAAUGAGAUGACUAUUUUGGUGGAGGACAGCCCGGUAAACAAAAUCAAUGGGCUGAACACUCUUUUAGAAGGUGCAAAUGGCUUUAGCUGUAUCUCGACAGAGGUUACAGAUGCUGUCUAUGCCCCUAACCUCCUGCAGGGCCUCAGUAACAUGAGACAAGAUAGUUUCCUGUGUGAUCUGACACUAGCAACUAAAUCCAAGGCCUUCGACGUUCACAAAGUUGUAAUGGCUUCUUGUAGUGAGUAUGUACACAACAUGUUAAAGAAGGAACCAACACUUCAAAAAAUUGACCUUAAUGAGAUUUCCCCAGUUGGUUUGGCCACAGCCAUCACAUAUGCCUACUCUGGAAAACUGACCCUGUCACUCUACACCAUCGGUAGCACGAUUUCAGCAGCCAUGUUUCUGCAGAUCCAAACCCUGGUCAAAAUGUGCAGUGACUUCCUAAUGCAAGAAAUAAGUGUGGAAAAUUGUAUGUAUGUAGUCAACAUUGCUGAUACAUACAACCUAAAAGACACCAAAGAAGCAGCUCAAAAGUUUAUGCAUGAGAACUUCAUUGAGUUCUCAGAGAUGGAGCAAUUCCUGAAGCUCACCUACGAACAGAUCAGCGACUUUCUUACAGAUGACUCCCUGCAGCUGCCGUCUGAGCUCACGGCCUUCCAGAUUGCAGUCAAGUGGCUGGACUUUGAUGAGAAGAGACUAAAAUAUGCACCGGACCUGCUGACACACAUUCGCUUUGGUACCAUCUCUCCUCAGGACCUGGUUAGCCACGUGCAGAGCGUUCCCAGGAUGAUGCAGGAUGCAGAGUGCCACCGUCUUCUGGUAGAUGCCAUGAAUUACCAUCUGCUGCCAUAUCAACAGAACAUUCUUCAGUCCAGAAGAACCAAGGUUCGCGGUGGCCAGAAAGUACUGCUUACGGUGGGAGGACGACCUGCUUUGACUGAAAAGUCCCUCAGCAAGGACAUUCUUUAUAGAGAUGAGGACAACAUUUGGAAUCGUCUGAGUGAGAUGCCUGCAAAGAGCUUUAACCAAUGUGUUGCUGUCCUGGAUGGCUUCCUCUAUGUGGCUGGUGGUGAAGACCAGAAUGAUGCAAGGAACCAAGCAAAACAUGCUGUUAGCAAUUUCUGCAGAUAUGACCCCCGAUUCAACGCAUGGCUCCAUCUUACCAGCAUGAUUCAAAAGCGUACACACUUCAGCCUCAACACGUUCAAUGGUCUCCUGUUUGCUGUGGGUGGCCGUAACUCGGAUGGCUGCCAGGCCUCUGUUGAGUGCUAUGUUCCAUCCUCGAAUCAGUGGCAGAUGAAGGCCCCCAUGGAAGUAUCCAGAUGCUGUCAUGCUAGCACAGUCAUUGAUGGCAAGAUCUUGGUAACCGGAGGUUACAUAAACAACGCCUAUUCUAGGGCAGUAUGUUCUUACGACCCGUCAACAGACAGCUGGCAAGAUAAAAACAGCCUUAGCACCCCAAGAGGAUGGCAUUGUUCCACCACUAUUGGUGAUCGGGCUUAUGUUAUUGGUGGCAGCCAACUUGGCGGGCGCGGAGAGAGGGUAGAUGUCUUGCCAGUCGAAUGUUUUAACCCACAUUCGGGUCAGUGGAGCUAUGUUGCCCCCUUGCACACGGGAGUGAGCACAGCCGGUGUUUCCACUCUGAAUAACAAGAUUUACCUCUUGGGUGGAUGGAACGAGGUGGAGAAGAAGUACAAGAAGUGCAUUCAGGUGUACAACCCUGACCUUAAUGAAUGGACUGAGGAGGAUGAGCUGCCUGAGGCCACAGUGGGCAUCUCAUGCUGUGUUAUUACCAUCCCCACCCGAAAAACAAGAGAAUCAAGGGCUAGCUCAGUAUCAUCUGCUCCUGUCAGUAUAUAGGUGGCAUAUAAAGCUAAUAUAGGAUUUAGAAUAGGGAAAUAUACUUCACUUGAUCCUUCUAAAAAAGAUAAUAAAUUCCCAAGGUUUCUGUUUGCUUCAGGUUACUGUUCACAUUAAGACCAACCAUUUCUUAUUUAUUGCUGCCCCAAAUGAAAUGAAAACAAUCAUACAUAAGCUAAUGAAAGUAACAAUGGUAUGUCAUAAUUACACAUACAACAGACCAUAUACAUUUAGGUCAUUAUUAAUUCUUGGACAGAGCCCGUGGUUCAAUACACAAUCAAGGAGACUUUAAGCAACACCAGUGACAUGGUGGCUGCUAGUCUGAAUGCAAGGUUAUUCACAUUUUGUGUUAAUUAGUACAUACUUUUAUGCAUUCUGGUGACCUCUGCUGCUUGCAUAACAGCCUCGCUGACCAAGGACAGCAUGCUAGCACGUGCCUGCUAUAAAAAUUGUACCCGCUCCUUCACACCUGUCGGUGACAGAUUCUUACAGAGAGCUUUACUGCAGCUUGUGCUGGCACCUCAUUCAGGCAGUAGGGCUGCAGUCCAAUCUGAAGUAAUCAUCCUCCAAUAUUAGGUGGCAGUUUGAAGUGGGACUGCUUGAUGGAGUCAUUCCAAUCUUUUACAGGCAUUUUGCAUCAGCAGUUUUUCAAGGAACGUACUGAACAUUUUAGGCCUUAGAAGUUCUACGACAACCAGCAAGAUUAAACAGAGAUGCAAUUUGAAUUAAAAAAUGUGAUUAUAACUUACAGACUUUAAAAAUAAAGUUGGAAGUCUGUUACAAAUGGUUAUUUUUAUUCCCCCUUCAGAGUGAGCUUAUAGGCUCUUUGGUGUUAGGGCAUAGUGAUAAUCACUUCAUAAUGGACCUUGGUUUGUUUCUUAGGAUUUUAAUGUUAUAUCAUACACCUUGGUUACAUUAAUGACAGGACAGGUAGUUACAGGUUAAACAUGAUUCAUCAGCUGAAGUUCAAUGUCAAACACUGUCAAGGGCAAUUUUGUAUCUCCAAUUCAUUUAACUUGCAUGUCUUUGGACUGUGGGAAGAAACUGGAGCUCCUGGAGGAAACCCACACAGACGCUGGGUAAACAAGCAAACUUCACACAAAUAGGACUUGGACUGCUCCACCUGGGAAUCAAACCCAGUGCUACAUGUCAAGCCACUGUGCCGCUCUUAUAAACCAGGAGUUGAUGUUACAGGAGCAAGGUUAUUUACCAGCUCUCUUUCUCUAAAACACAACCAAGAGAGUACAAGACUGACACUGCUGUCAGUCUGGAACUGGAACUUGGGUCUUCACAUCGCAUUAGAAUGCCGCGCCAUCCGAGCACCCUGUGUGUUAAAUUAGUUGCCUGAAUCUGAAAGUAUUAAAGUGGUUCAAAGGUUGGGAGAAUACUAUUAAAUAAUUAGGUUUGUUUUCGAAGGUAGUUUUUUUUUUGUCUUUUAUUUUGAAAAAUGGAUGUGAAAAGAAUAAAAAAAUGAUUUAGAGGUUAUUUAUUAUACAGUUACUUUUGAAAGGGGCCAAGGGUUCUAUAAUUGCUUAUUCAGCCCUUCUCAAUAAUGUAACAUGCAUUGGGUGCAUAGAACUAAUCUAUACAAAAUUGUUUGUACACAAGAACUUUCAAUGAUGCCAAUGAUAGACAUAAGUGAACAAUUAUUUAACAAAUUUUUGUUUUCCAUAAUGAGAUAAGCUUAUCAUGAUAUAUGUUUCUUUUCAAGAAUGUGGUGAGAAUUGAGGAUUUUAAUUUACAUUUAGCAGACACUUUUAUCCAGAGAGACUUAUUUGGCUCUGGGGCCCAACAGUGGCAACUUGGUGGUGUUUGGGCUUGAACUAGCAACCUUCUGAAUACUAGUUUACUACCUAAACCACUAAACAUCCACUGCUAAUUAAUUUAAUCCCACUUACCAGAAGUAGUUGCGAUGAAAGUUGUGUCUCCCACUUGACACUUGAGUAGAAGUGUGCAUGAUGGCUGCUUUGGAUAUAGCAAUAUCAAACAUCAAAGACAGGAAACAUUACAAGAGUCAUGAUGAAAGUUGAAUAGGGACACAAAGGGUGACAGUGAUGGUAUGUUUUGUAAAACGUUUGAAGGGCUACUGAAAUCUAAGUUAUGUGCCUGAGCUUUCUGGAUCGUCAUGAUGAACUCCUGACAGCUCAUGAUUUUAUUAAUUGUAGGUUCUUGGAAACAAAGUAUUGCGACAACUGCACACCACUGUGAUUUUUUAAACUGACUCAUUUUAAAUGAAAAGCAUUUUGUAUUUAUGCCGAUUCAUUGUACUUGUCCAAGUUCUACAUAUUUAUUAAAAGGUUCCUAUAA